AUCACGUCAUCUACAUUACUCUCUGAAUGCUCUCUGUCUCUCUCUCUCUCUCUCUCUCUCGCGUGGUUGAAUGAAUGAAUCGUCUUCAAACAUCAGUCCCAACUUUCAAACGACUGCUGCAACUGAACAGCCCUGCAUACCUCCUCACAAUGCGCUGUUCCUUCUCCAUCUCUCUUCCCCUGUUUCUGCUCCUCAUCUCACUUCCCUCUGUUUCUCCUGUCUCCCCCAAUAAGCAUGCGAAGAAGCUGCCACCCAACGAAAAUUUCCAACCAAAUAACAUAGAUCCGUCCGAAGCACAAAUUCUGUUCAAGAUCAUGGAAACCAUGUCCUCUGACCGCACCUGGAGAAUCUCCUACCCAAACCCAUGUAAGCCUGGCUCUUCCUGGCCUGGGAUAGAGUGCAAACCGGGAAAAGAUCAACUUCUUCAUGUCUCUAGGCUUGAUUUUGGCACUCCACCGAACCCAACAUGCAAGAAAACGGCUGCAUUUCCCCUGCAAAUCUUUGAGCUCCCCUGUCUUGAAUCUGUGUUCUUCUUUAAUUGUUUCACUCAUGCCAAAACCACUCUCUCUGUUUCUCCCGGCAGGCUCUACAAUUCUCCACUGCAGCAGCUCAGUCUCCGAUCAAACCCGGCUCUUGUUGGCCCAAUACCACCUCAAAUCUCUCUCCUAAAGUCCCUAAAAAUCCUCACAUUGUCACAGAAUCGCCUCACCGGACGGAUUCCGGUUGAAAUUUUCAGCUUGAGCUCGCUUGAACACCUUGAUUUGAGCUACAAUUUUCUCACAGGCACCAUUCCAACCCAAUUGGGCAAUCUCAGAAGCCUCCUGGGCCUGGAUUUGAGCUAUAAUUCGCUUACUGGUUUGAUCCCAAGCUCAAUUGGCCAACUGGGUUUGCUUCAAAAGCUCGAUUUGACCUCGAAUUCACUUACGGGGUUGAUCCCCAAUAGCAUUCAAGAGCUUAAUUCACUGGUUUUCAUGGCUAUGAGCAGCAACAAAUUGCGAGGCAAUUUCCCCAAGGGGUUGACGAAGUUGCAGAAUUUGCAAUACUUCAUCAUGGACGAUAAUCCGAUGUUCAUACCCUUACCUUUGGAAUUCUGUAAGCUACUCAAGCUGCAAGAGCUGAGGCUUGCAAAUUCUGGGUAUACUGGGACUAUUCCACCAAGCUUUUCCCAACUGCUAAAUUUGAGCACUUUAUCGCUGCAAAACAACCAAUUAACGGGCGAAAUUCCGGCAGGUUUUGGCAUUCUCUCUCACAUAUAUCACCUAAAUCUCAGCAGGAACAUGUUGGGUGGUGUUGUGCCUUUCAAUUCUAGUUUCUUGAAGAGGUUGGGGAGGAACCUGGAUCUCAGUGGCAAUCCGGGUCUGUGCUUGAGCCCAUCCCAAGCAUACAUUGUCAAGAUUGGAGUUGAUGUCUGUGGAAGCAACAGGACUGGGUCAAUGAUGCAGCCAUUGAAGAAGUCUGAGGCUCCUCCCGGGUUCGGCAGAUCACUCUCUCUGUUUGGUGCUUUUGGUAUUUUGGGACUACAUGAAAUGUUGCUUUCAGUGUGAUGAUGAAUUAGAUCAUUAAUUGUUGUCUUUACGUUCCCCUUUUUACAUAUUCUCUUUGAUUCUUUAGCUAGUGUAGUUAAAAUUAGUAUUAUUAUAUAGUGAUUAAGAGGAGUUGGAGGGUUUGCUGGGAGUGGGGUUGGGGUUGUUCUGUUCUGGUGUGCAUUUGCAGACUUCUGGCGGAAAAUUUAAAUUUCUGCUGCAAAGCGUAACUGGGAUUUGGUUGAAUCUUCUACUUGUGGCUCAAGCCAUUUGUACC